AUGAGAGUGGCGGUGGUGGGUGCCGGUGUCAGCGGGCUGACUGCCACUAAGUGCUGCCUGGAUGAGGGGCUGGAGCCCACAUGCUUUGAGCAGAGCCAGGACAUCGCGGGGCUCUGGCGCUAUACGGAGCACAUUGAGGCCAGCCGGCCAAGCCUCUACCCGUCAGUCGUCAGCAACACCUCAAAGGAGAUGUCAGCAUUCUCCGACUUCCCCUACCCUGAGGACUUCCCAGUGUUCCUGCCCAGUGCCCAGCUACUGGACUACCUCUGCCGCUACGCCAAGUGCUUUGUCCUCCGGAAGCACAUCAAAUUUGGGUCCACCAUUGUCAGCGUCCAGAAAUGCCCUAACUUUUCUACCACGGGACAGUGGGGUGUGGUCAUGAAGGUGGAUGGGAAGAAGACAUCACAUGUCUUCGAUGCUGUUACAGUUUGCAGCGGCAAUUUCUCUGAGCCAUCCCUCCCCCUGCACUGUUUUCCUGGCAUGGAGAGGUUUCAAGGCCAGUACUUUCACAGCCGGCAGUACAAGCAUCCCGACGUGUUUCAGGGAAAGCGCGUUCUCGUGGUUGACAUGGGCAAUUCAGGAGUGGACAUUGCAGUGGAGGCCAGUUGUAUAGCUGCAAAAGUGACCAUUUGCAUCAGCCAAGGUGCCUGGGUGCUCAGUUGCGUGUUUGACCAUGGCUACCCAUGGGACAUGGUUUUUAACACUCGCUUUAUGAGCCACAGAAACAGCCUGCCUGGGCCCCUUUCAUGGGAGUUGAUUAACUACAAGGUGAACCAGUGGUUCAUGCAUGAAAACUAUGGCCUUCAACCAGAGAAGAGGUACUUCUUGGUGUUUCCCAUCCCAUCCUAUGACCUUCCAAGCUGCAUCCUGACAGGGAGGAUCACCAUCAAGCCAAGUGUGAAGGAGUUCAAGGAUAACUCAGUUGUUUUCUACAAUUGUCCUGAGGAGGAGCCCAUUGAUAUUGUUAGCUUCUGCACAGGCUACGUCUCCUUCCCAUUCCUAGAAGAAGCAGUUGUCAAGGUGGAAAACAAACACGCAUCCCUCUAGAAAUAUGUGUUCCCAAACCUGCAGAGGCUCACCCUUGCCAUUCUUGGGCUGAUCAAGCCAUUUGGAGCCAUCAUGCCUGUGACAGAGAUGCAAGCGCGCUGGGUCACCCGUGUCUUCAAAGGUUUGUGUCAAUUGCCUCCUCAGUCUGUCAUGGAGAAGGAAGUAAAUGAGAAGAACAAAACCCGAGUACAAUGGUUUGGUCUGUCCUGUGAAGAAGUCCUCAAAACUGAUUGCCUGGUCUACAUGGACAAGCUCACCUCCAUUGGUGCCAAGCCCAGCAUGCUGGGGAUACUCUGCAGAGACCCCCGGCUGGCCCUCACUGUUUUCUUUGACCCCUGCACCCCAUACCAGUACUGGAUGAGGGGCCCCGGGUGCUGGGAGGAGGCAUGCCAGGCCAUCCUCACCCAGUGGGACCAGACUCUGAAGCCCACGAGAACACAAGUCACUGCCGGCAUCUCCAGCCCUUUCCCUUCUCCCCUGAGGGUGGUGGGGUUCCUCCUGCUCAUGGCUGCCUUGUUGUUUUGUUUCCAGUAG